GUACACAUUAUUAAUGUUAAUUUAAUUUCACAGAGGUAGAAAGUAUUAAAAGAUAGAUAAAAUGAUCAAAAUAGUAUUAUUUUAUUUUGUCGUUGCUUGUCUUCAUACUCCUGUCAAAUCAGACCUUCAUGAAAUCAGUAAUGAAAAUAUUGACAACAUCGAUCCGCGGCGAAAACUUUUCAGACCUUUGCAAUCACGUGACCUGAGUAACAUGAUUAUUGAUAACGACAGAAAAUUGAUAUACGUUGGAGCAGUUAAUUUUCUUUACGCAAUGGAUCUUGAUGACAUUUCCAUAAAAAAGGCAGAGAUUCAUUGGGCUCCCGAGCCUUUUCAACUUCAAACUUGCCUCAACUUCAAAGGGGACGCGGCAAGAUGUCAAAACAGUAUUCGGGUUUUGCAUUCAGUGAAUGGAACUCAUCUCUACGCUUGUGGAACAAUGGCUUUUAGCCCGACAUGCACUUACAUUCACAAAAAGGAUUUUCAACGGGCUCCAGGACGAGGUCAACGUGGAAAAUGGCGGGCACCUCAAGAUCCGUUGUCAGCAACCGUCUCUACAAUGACAGAAGGUGCAUUGUUCACAGCAACAAGUUUAGCAUCUUCGAUGAAAAAUGGAGUCAUUGCAAAAACUACAAGCCGUGGAACUCCCUUGCGUACCAAUGAGAACGACAACUUUUGGCUCAGCGAUCCACACUUCGUGUCAUCAUUUAGUGUUCCAGAUGAAAGAGGUCAAGAAAAAGUUAUCGUUUUGUUGAAGGAAAAUGCCGAAGAAAUACCCACUGAAAUAUUAACGCAGGACAGCGACCAUUCUCUUGGACUUGUAUACUCAAGAGUAGCUUGUGUUUGUGCUAACGACAGAGGUGGAAAUUUAUGGGUACUCAAAGACAAUUUUGCAACUUUCACUAAAAUGAGGAUUGCCUGUCCAGUAAAAAUAAACAGAGGAAGGAAUCGACCUACAAUACCGUUCUUUUACGAUGAAAUACAGAGCAGUCAUGUUAUACCCAAUCCGGAAGAACCAAGCAAUCCGACGAUAUAUACGAUCUUCACUACACCGAAUGGUGCAUUUGAAGCUACUGCGACAUGUGUAUUCGAAAUGAAUGACAUCAGAAAAUAUUUUUCAACAAAUAAAUAUUGGAAUCGACCAGGAAAGUCAUCUUCGUCAAUAUAUUCAACGUACGAUGGACCAUCUUCAACUGCACCGGGGAAAUGCGUACCGGACACUUCAACCAUGUCGGGAAAAAGAUUGUCUUUUGGAGGUGAACAUCCUAUCAAAUAUGGAAUCAUCAAACCUAAGGAUGAAUCGGCAAUUUAUCAAGACACAGGAACAAGAUACAAACAUAUUGUCGUUGAUAGAAUAACAAGAAGAGAGCGACAGGGAAGCGAAUUGGUAGAUCGUCAAUAUGAUGUGGUACAUUACAUAUCAGAAACUGGUUUCAUGAAACGAUUAGUAUUCUUUGUCGAGGACAGAAGUCAAUUCUGGGAGAUUCCAUCAAGAAAUAUAUUCAAGGAUGAUGAAGUCUCCGACACAGUAACCACAAUCAAAAUUGAAAAUGGACAUUUUUACAUUGGAACUAACGCUUCCGCCAUUCAACUUCCGGUUGCUUCUUGUUCCAUGUACAAAGGUUGUUACGAUUGUAAAGCAGCAAACGAUCCUUAUUGUAACUGGAAUGAUGUGGAAGAAAAGUGUGAACUAUUUGAUUUCAACACGCCAUCAAAAAUAAACUUGCUUAUACUGAAGGAUAUCAACCCGACAAGCGAAUGUAGACAAGGGGGAGAAUUAAAUGCUGACAAGAAAAGUGGUGAUAAUGAUGAUAUUUACGACAAACCGAAUGCUGAGUUCGACAUGAUUGCAGAAGAAAACGUCAAAUUGAAGUUCCUAAAUGAAGAGCAAAACAAAUCUAUAAAUCUUCUUGAGAAAAAGAACAGCUAUUUGACCGCAAAAUUAUCUGAAUCGAUGUAUGAAUUAUCAUCUCUGGCAAAAAAUUAUAGUCAACUGUCGACUUUAUUACUUCAAUACGAUGCAAGAAGAAAAUUAGUCAUUCAGUUAUAUAGAAAUACCGUGUAUUCUCUACAUGCCUGUCAGCACGAAAAGACACAGACAUCGCGAUUGCUGGCUCAAAAGAAGGCCGCCUUAGCAGAUCAGAUGAGGGCAGAAGCUGAUCGACCGUCUGACGGACAGAAGGGCGUCGGGGCGAAUAGAUCUAAUAGGGAUUGUGGUAGACGAACAUUGGAGAAAAUGGCUACAGAUGAAUCUGAAUCUGGUAUUAGACGUUGCGACAAGGAAGAAGAAUAUGCCAGUAAAAUAAGAGAACUGCGUCAUGACAUGAAAGUAUUGGAACGAGAGAAGAAAACGAACGUUAAUACUCUUGCAAGUUGUUUGUCCGGAUCAUCCAGACUGAAGCAACGAAUUCAUCUUCUAGACGAGACUAAACAAAAUAUGACAAAGGAAAAAACUCAACUUCAAAAACAAAUGAACCAAAUAAAGGAAGAAAACCAGAGACUGAAAUUGAGUUCGGCACUUCCAGAACGAGGUUGUGGAGAAACCCAAUGGUUUGCCUAUGAACCAACCAGAAAAAUGUAUUUGCUUACUCGAACAUCUUCAAACAACGCCAAAGCCAUUAAAUACUGUUCGACACACAACGCCGUUUUGGCAACAAUGAAAGCCGACGAAGAAGCAAGAUACAUAUACGAAAUAGGACAAAAGUUUGCUCCAAGAAAACGUUAUUGGAUUGGGCUACAGAAACAUAGCAAUGGUACCAUGAUAUGGACAGACGACGGAUCUACUUUUAAUCCAUACGCAGCUCGCAAGUUUUCAAAGGGUCAAAAGGGAAAAUUAUCCAACGAGGGAAAAUAUUGCGUCGAAACAACACUUCGUUCAAAUCAAUGGCAGCUAAUUCCAUGUAAUAAAGCUCGCAGGGUGAUUUGUAUGAAAGAUUUUGUUGAAGUUGAACGAUAAUGCAUUCCGAGAAAGAAGAAAAUAACAUUUCUCUGCGCUUUGAUAUAUAUUUUAUUAUUUUAACAACGCUUAUUAUUUUAUUUUGCUACAUUGAAAUUUCAUUUUUAUUGCUAUUUUUCCAAAAAUUGUUUCUGUACAAGUGCUUUUAGUUUAAGCAUUAGAAUUUGUUUAUGAAGGUGCUACAAAGUAAAUAUUUUUUAUUGAAAUGAUAAAUAAUGCAUUUUCCUACAAAAUAUUCAAUCCAACAUAACAAAAAAAUUUUAUCCGAUAUUUUAAGUCAAGUAGUUUUCAAAACAUCAAUUGUAGAGCUUUUAUAGUAGAUUAUAAGAAUAAAAAUCCAAAAAUAAAUUGAACGAAAGCCUUCAAGUAAGCCAUCGAUCCCUUUAUCAAAUGAGAUUGUUACAUUGUCUUGUGUAUUUGCAAUAGUCAAAGGUAGUCAAUUUCCACGCCGCAUCUAGAUUUAAUUCCCACUGACAUUUCUUUCGUUUGCCGCAAAGUAAUAUAAAUUUCAACUUCUAUAAUGGUUAAAAUUGCACGAAAUACUUUGUACAACUUAAGUCGCGCAUCCAAGACUGGAAAAGCCACUUAUUCUGUAUUUUAGUUCACCCAGCGCCCACACUAAGAAUACUUAUGCUUCUUGCCAGUUUUUUUUUUUUGUAUUUGAGAAUUGAUUCGCGCAACUUCUAUUGAUUGGGUUAACUUACACCUUAUCACCACAGUUCAACUUGGUCCCAUUACACACAUCAUCAUCUUCCUGUAACUGAAAUUUUCAUUAAAAACAUCCAUUUUGUGACUAAUUCCUUGCUAGCUGCUUUAUGCCACCCACCGUUUAUGGAGCAUUUACUUCCAGAAUACUGAAAAAACUAGUAUACAACAAUUAAAUGCUGUAAUACUGCCAGCUUAUUAUUGUACAGUUCCUGACUAUGUUUUCUUUAAUGUUAUUAAAUAAAUUUACUUCGUAUAAAA